ACCUGGGUCUGUUCUCCACCAAAUCCCUGGUGGAGGCCAAUGCGGAGCAUGCAGUGGAGGUGAGGACCCAGGUUCAGCAGCCUGCCGAUGAGAACUGGGAUCACAAUGGAUCGGCGCAGACGUGGCCCUGUGAGAGCAGCCGCUCACACACCACCAUCGCCAAAUACGCCCAAUACCAGGCCUCCAGCUUCCAGGAAAGCCUACAGGAUGAGAAUGAGAGCGAGAAUGAAGAUGACGGAGAGCAGUCCGAGUCUUCAGAAACAUCCGCCGCCACAAAAGCAGCUCUGACAUUUGCCACGGUUAAAGUCAGUCCUGCCUCCACUACAACUAAAGCCAACUCUGCUUCCAUCUCCAGCCCAGAGGAACAUGCCAACAGCACACCCAGCUCUGAGCAGAAAUCAGCCGGAAAGAUAAUAAAAUUUGGGACCAAUAUUGAUCUCUCUGACCCUAAAAGGUGGAAACCCCAGCUGCAGGAGCUGCUGAAGCUGCCUGCUUUCAUGCGGGUGGAAUCCAGCAACAACAUGCUCAGUCACGUCGGCAGCACCAUCCUGGGCAUGAACACCGUCCAGCUCUACAUGAAGGUGCCAGGCAGCCGCACUCCAGGUCAUCAAGAGAACAACAACUUCUGCUCAGUCAACAUCAACAUCGGUCCUGGUGACUGUGAGUGGUUCGCCGUCCAUGAGCACUACUGGGACGCUAUCAACAAAUUCUGUGAGAAGCAUAAAGUAGACUACCUUACAGGGUCCUGGUGGCCGGUCCUGGAAGACCUCUACAGCGCCAACAUCCCUGUGUACCGCUUCAUCCAGAGGCCGGGGGACCUGGUGUGGAUUAAUGCAGGGACGGUGCACUGGGUCCAGGCAGUGGGCUGGUGCAACAACAUCGCCUGGAAUGUCGGACCACUCAACUCCUACCAAUACCAGCUGGCCCUGGAGCGCUACGAGUGGAACGAGGUGAAGAAAGUGAAGUCCAUCGUUCCCAUGAUCCACGUGUCCUGGAAUGUGGCUCGCACUAUCAAGAUCUCUGACCGGGAUACCUUCAAGAUGGUCAAACACUGCCUGAUGCAGUCCAUCAAGCACAUCCAGAUGUUGAGAGAACAGCUGCUGGCUGCAGGGAAGAAGAUCAGUUACCAGAGCCGAGUGAAGGACGAGCCCGCCUACUACUGCAACGACUGUGACCUGGAGAUGUACGACCUGCUGCUGGUGACCAGUGAGAACAGCACUAAGAAGAGCUACGUGGUGCACUGUGAGGACUGUGCCCGAGCCAAGAGCCCGUCGCUGGGGGGGGUCGUGGUGCUGGAGCAGUAUCGAAUAGAGGAGCUGACGAAAAUCUAUGACGCCUUCACACUGGCUCCAUCACCUGUUUCCAAGUGAGGACUCUUCCCUGGCGUCUUUCAGCCAUAAACCAAAACUCUAAUGGCAGCACAAAUAUUGUCUUCAAGGCAAUCUAUUCCUUCAAACACUCUCUGAAUCAGCCAAUCACGUUUACUCAGUAUUGUUUACAUCACACACUAAGGUAUGGAUACUCAGCCAAUCCAACUAUAGCUCACUGUCUUCCCCAUACCAGCUGCUGAUUGGACGUGUGUUUUGAAAUAGAAUGACUAGACUGGUACUUCCCAUGAAAAGCAUUUCAGAUAUGUUAAAAACAAAACAAUAUGUGAGCACUGCUAGCAUUGAAAAUCAGGUUAUAUGUUUAUAACGGACACUGCUGUGAUUCAAAAGCAUCUAGUAGCCGGUUCUUUGUAUAAAUUCAGGUACUUUUAUGCAAAUUCAGUAGAACUUUUUUUACACCACUCUAGUUAUUCUAUGUGUCCAUGAAUUUGCUGUGAUUCUGUCGUACCAGCAGGGGAAUCGCUUCACAGGAGAAGUAGCUGAUUGUCACAUCGUUUUGGUUCCUGUUUUUGUUUGCUAUUCGGGUAAACUCCGACAUUUCUAAUUCCUGUCUGUAUACUCUUUGAGGUGCUACUCCAAUCUAAUUUAUUCCUGUUAGAUACUUAAACAAGUUUUACCAGCCUAUAGGUACACCACAUUGGCCUUGAAAACUGUAUUUAGAGUUAAUUAGAGGUUUAAACACACAAAUAAGGAUUUAUUUACUGUUGGUAUAAAAAAAAAAGAACUUGUAUUGGUUUCUCUUAAAUACGGGUUAAAAGACGACUAAAACGGUUUUACUGUAGUUGGAAAUCAAGUUUGUAAAUGAUAAAAUAGUUUUUUGUUUUGUAUCCCUCUAGUUGGGUGGUUUUCUACGAUACAACCAGAAAACAGUGUUGUUUUUAUUUUUGGAAUGGGAAAACUAUCCCAGUUUUAUACCUCUUUUGUUGCUUUGUUCUCAUUUCUAGACAGAAAAAACAAAUAAUUGUAGAUUCUGAAUGAAUUGAUUGGAUACACAGUGGUGUGCAUAGACGGGGUACAGAGCAGAAAGGGAGGGUCAGCAUUGAUGUUAAUGAACUCGAUGAAGUGCCAGUUUCCGUCUGGGGAAGUCAUUUGUCCAAAGAGACACACAAUCAUUUUGUUACAAUGAAAAAGGCAAUGAAGCCAAAAAGACGAGCGGACUGAAUGACACCUCGUUGUUUUCAUUUUGCCCCAAACAUCCGUCCUGCUCAGUGCACUGCCAGCUUAAUAUACUGUAUUUCCAGUUUGACAUGUUAUAGAGCACAUUAAUUGAAACAUGACAAGAAAGGCUCAGUCGUUUUUUUCCCCUCAACUUCAAACAGUACUUCAAAAUAAAGGGUGUCAUUUUGUUGAGGCUAGGCUAAACUGCAGAAGCCCUGAAAGGGGGGGGGGGGGGGGGGGGGGGGAAGUAUUUUUAUAAUACAAAUGUUGGCCACAAGAGAGAGGCAGAAGUGCACCAAUACACCAUGUUCUUAAAAGGACUAAAAGCAUUCAUGUGUCAUGCCACAUGAGUUUAAAUAUCUCCAUGCACUCUAAAACAAACUAUAUAUAUUUUUAACAAUAUAUGUAAAUUAUAUAUUGUAUAUAUUUCUUUGAAGAAAGACCAAAAUGUUUAAGCCGUAUUUAGUGCAUGGGGUAGUGGUGCAGUUCAGCCUCUUGUGGCCAAAAUAAGUAUUACAACAACAAAUACCUGUUUGGCAGAUUUAAAAAAAAACUUUGACAUUCUUAAAAUUCAAGUUUGUACAAUAAACACAGGAGAAACAACAAUGUAUAUCAGACAUCGGUAAUGUGUCAUCAGAACUAUUUGUUCAUCACAUAAUUAUCUUUAGCUUCAUACAUCAAAUGUAAUUAUUACCUUUACUGCCCAGGUGAUCAAAUGCAAUCAUUUGAUCACCUGGGCAAGGCCUAUCUUUUCCAGUUCUAGUAUUCCUGCUGUUUUAAUGAAUUCCCAACAAAGGACGACUUUCACAUUUUCGCCCUUCCCUCAUUAGUCUGUGCACACCAUCUACUGUACAUAAUGUAUCUGUUUGCAGGUUCUCGAUAUGACUUAUGUAUGUAGUUUUGUUCUCAAUCAAAUAUUGAAAUUGUUUGUGGUCGAAUCUCUCCACAUCAGACUUUGUGGUAUGUUGUUGCUGUAUUAUAAAACAACCUAAAAUAUCCUUUUUCACUCCAGUUAAAUUACUGCAAUGGGAAUUUCAUCCCACUUUUAUACCUCUUUUUGUUGUCAGUUUCAGUUUUUGGCAUUACAGAGAAAAUGGAAAAUUGUAAAUGGUGACGUUAUUUAUACUGUACAUGGUUGUUUUCUUAUAUAUUUAUUGCAUAUCAAAGGGCACUUCACUUGAUAAGGGGCUACAAGGUAUUUUAAAAUUGUAGUAUGGGUGUAUUGUGUGGAUAGAGGAAGUGCAAUCAGGGGGCUGUUUAAUUUUCAUGGUGCUAGACCCCUCCUUGCCCCCCUCAUUAAACAGCAUAUAACAAUAUACAGUAUGAACUUUAUCGGUGAUAAAACUGGUGCUUAGAUCCAUUUCAACACAGUUUAGUGCUAACAAAAAUGGAAAGAUGUAUUUGUACUGUAUCAAAUUCAUUCAAGAUCUUUUUUAAUGUUUUUUUCCAUUGUAUGAAAUUCAUAAUCUUGUGAGGCAUUAGUGGUUUUAUGAUGCACAUUAGCAGUAGUUGUAAUUCUUGACACCUUUUGCAGAGACUUUUAGGGAUGUGACUUUUAAUGACGUCGAGGUUUUGUUUUGUGUCUUGUCCUCAUUAGUAUUAUUUGAAGGAUGGUAUAAUGCUCUUUUUUGCUGUUUGAUUUAUGCUGCACUUAUUGUUUAAAAAAAGAACUCGCAUAGAAGAAAACCUGAGCCAGACCUGUCUUAAAUCCCUCUGUGAUUUUUCUGUGACAUAUUGUAUUGUUGUUCAAGAAAAUAAAAUGUUUUGAUAAAUUAUUCAAAAA